AGGUGUCUAAACUAUGUGUCGUUGAACCCCACCGGCGGAGUCGUUCCCGAAAGCCGAUGGCACCCGCCUCCGGGAUCGGUUCCUUGCCCCCUCCCUCCCAUCCCUUCCGUGCCGUUAACUCCCGCCGACCGGUCCAGAAAUUACCGAGAAUUCCAGCUUCGAAGCAAUGAGAAGUCGGACUCAAGCAUGUCUUGGAAUCCAUACAUGUGUAACACUUGUCCACAUUCACAACAGUAUGAAAAAGAAAUCAUCAGGCCGAAACUAAGGUUUCCUACCACCCCCCGCCGACGCCGGACGAAACCUCCCGCCUGCAUGCCGUCACCCCACACCUCCUAG